GAUUUUUCUGCUUCACUUCCCCUACCUCAGCUUGUGAGGCUGUUUGACUCUUGUGUUUUUGAACUCAUCUGAUCUCACGAGUGAACAUGAAUGGAUGCAGGAUCAUUUCACUGCUGGGUCUUCUGAUAUGUUCAAGAGCAGACGCUCUCUUUGGGGUUGGCAUGCUGAACUGCAAGUUCACUUCACCAGAUGAUGUUGUGUUUCUGACACAAGUCUUCUACAAUAAGGUGCUUUGGGGUGAAUACAACAGCACUUUGGGGAAAUUUGUCGGCUAUACAGAGACAGCAAGAGAAAUAGCUGAAGAGCUCAACAAAUUCCCUUUCUUGCUGAAGAAUGCACAAAAAAAUGUAGAGAAAUGCAAAAGCAACGUCCCAUUUUUAAUGGAGCUCCUUUCAAAACCAGUCGCACCCACAGUCAAGCUGAGAUCCAUCACAGCAACAGACAGCGAACACUCGCACACGUUCGUCUGCAGUGUGUACAACUACUACCCCCCACAAAUCAGAGUGACCUGGCUGAGAAAUGGCACACAUGUGGCCUCUAAUGUGACCUCCUCUGAGGAACUCCCCAGUGGGAACUGGCUUUAUCAGAUCCACUCUCAUCUGGAGCUGGAGCCCACGUCUGGAGAUAAAAUCGCCUGCAUGGUGGAGCACAGCAGCUUCCAGAAACCCAUGGUGUAUGAGUGGGUGAGAGACUUGACAUCUGAAGAUGACAAGACCAAGAUCGCUGUGGGGGUAUCAGGAUUUGCGCUAGGUGCUGUUGUCUUGGGUGCCGGGCUGAUUUACUACCUGAAGAGUCCAACUGGACGGGAGUCAGUGCAGACGAUCCCACCUGCCGAGGACGAACCGAAUGAAGAAGAAUAAGACUGUCUCUGCUUUGGGAACCAUGAUCAGUUCUCUAGGAGAAAUACAGAUUCACCAAAUGCUUGUGGGUGCUGAUGCUGUCAUUUUCUACCUGCGUACAUCAAUGAUUUAGAGACGCUUAUUUUACUCAAAACUGUUUGAUAAAAUCAGGGGUGUACAUGUCUUCAUAAAUUGACUAAUUUCAACUGAAAAGCCCUAUAAAGUUAAGUAUUUAUUUAGUUUUGUUUAUUCCUUUAUUAUCAUUUGUAGUGACCAGUGUAUUGCCCAAUGUAACGGAGUAGAAGUAUAGUUUUUUCAUCACAAAUGUAAAGGAGUGGAAGUAAAAAGUACUCUGCUCAAUAACUACUCUAGAAGUAGGAUUUAAAAAAAAACAAAAAACUUCUCAAUUACAUGUAAUGUAGUAAAUGUUAGACGUUACUACCCACCUCUGUAGAUACAUUAUGUAGCUAUGUUAGCCUUAGCAACAUUUGCUAAAGCUCACAAUGCAAACUAACAAAACUAUAGAUAUCGUGGCUAUGUAGCUACCAAAGCUAAAACUAAGCUCACAAAAUUAGCUAUGUGCGGUAUGUAGGUACAUUAUCUACCUAGUUAUGUUUGCAUUAGCUAUGUUCGCUAAAGCUCACUGACUUAAGCUAACUUAGCUAUAGAUAACAUAGCUAUGAAGCAAAAAAUCUAAAUCUUAUUUCACAAAGUAGCUAUAUAGGUACACUAUCUAUGUAGCUAAAGCUCCCAUUGUUAAAGAUGACUUAAUUAUAUAUAAUUUAGCUAUGUAGCAAACACAGCUAAAGCUAAGCACCCAAAAGCAGCUACAUAAGCUUUGUAUUGACAUCACCUGUCUGGCUACAGUGCUUAACAAAUUUAUUAGACCACCCUAACCCUAACCAAAGUAAGGUUUAUGCCACAGCUGCCCUAAAUUAACAGCAUUGG